AUGAGACACGAUCCAGAUUGCAGGUUAUUCGAAUGUUACUUUUGUAGAAGGAAAUUUAAAUCUAAAGGAGAAUUAGAGAAUCACAUCGUCACUCAUACGACGGAACGGGAAGAGUGUCCAUGCAGUUUUACUGGAUGCGGUAAAAUAUUUUCCAAGAAGAGUAGUCUAACCAACCACGUUAAAAUGGAGCAUACCGAGAAUCCCGUCCGAUUUGGGUGUACCCUGUGCGACAAGGAAUUCAAAAAUAGGACCUGUUUGAACUCACACAUUGCCACUCAUACGACGGAAAAAGCAUACAAGUGUACCACAUGUGGAAGGAGGUUGGCAGGUUUGAGCGGUCUAAUCAGGCAUGGGAGGACGCACAAAGAGAAAUCUUCACAACCAAUGUUCCCAUGCAAAGUGUGUUCUCGGACUUACAAGGACAAAAAUGGUCUCACCCUUCACGUAAAAAUUCAUCACGAUCCUACAGUAUUGCCUAAACAUUGCUGCCAAUUUUGUGGCUAUAAAACUUACCAAAAAUCCCAUCUGAACCGUCACUUGAACAGUUGUCGAAUAAACCACGACUGAUAUCACUGUUGGAAAAUAUUCUACAGCGUACAAAAAGAUUACUUUGUAUGAUUUGUUACUAUAUAAUAAGAUAUAUACGAAUAGUUGCGGCAACUUUGUU